CAAUGAUCUCGAUUCCUAGAGAGGAAAGGGAUUUGGGGACGAGGUCUUUGCCAAAGCACCUCCUUCCGAAGCGCCUUCCUGCCUGGCUCUCCCUCCCCAGGGUGGCCUUGACUCGCCUUUGCAGCUGCGUCGAGGCGCGCCUCCUGCCAUCUGUUGAAAUAGCAACACAGAGAACGUUCCGUCUUUAAUAUAUCCACAAGAGUCAUUUGUGUGCCGGGUCCUUUGAGGACGUAGCUGUACAUUUCGCAGAAGGCGAAUAGGCUUUGCUGGAUCCUGACCCGAGAUCUCUGAAUCGGGGAGUCAUGGAAGAGAUCUAUGGGAUUGCGGCCUCUCAGGAAGGUGAUCAGUCUGAAACCGAGAAUAAUGGAGAACAACAUGCGACAGAGACAGAGGGAAAAGGCAGCUGUACUGGAGAGAAACCCUAUCAAUACAUGGAAUUUGAGAAGAACUUUGGAGAAAACUCCACCCUUUCUUCUCAUCAAGAAAUUCACACGGAGGAGGAACCAUACCAAUCUUUUGAAUGUGGAAGGGACUUCGGAGAUGAUAGCCUUUCUCCUCCUCCUCAGAUAAUUCCCACAAAGGAAAAACCUUAUAGCUGCAAGGAAUGUGGAAAGAGCUUCUCUCGGAAGUUACGUCUAACCAAUCACGAGAGAAUUCAUACAGGGGAGAAGCCGUUUCAAUGCCUGGAGUGUGGCAAGUGCUUCAUACACAACUGCAGCCUGUCCUACCACAAGAGGAUCCACACAGGGGAGAAACCCUACAAAUGCUUGGAGUGUGAGAAAAGCUUCACUCGGAAGGUAAUCCUCACUAAUCACCAAAGGGUCCACACUGGGGAGAAGCCGUACAAAUGUUUCGAGUGCGGAAAGAGUUUCACUCGGAAGGUGAUCCUGGCAAACCACCAAACGAUUCACUCCGGGGAGAAACCGUACAAAUGCUUGGAGUGUGGGAAGAGCUUUACUCUGAAGGUGCACCUCACCGCACACGAAAGGAUCCACACAGGGGAGAAACCGUAUAAAUGCCUGGAGUGCGGAAAGAGCUUCAGUCGGAACUCCAACCUCGCUUACCACCGGAGAGUCCACACGGGGGAGAAACCCUACAAAUGCUUGGAGUGCGGGAAGGGCUUCAGAAACAGCACGAAUCUGACUUACCACCAGGAGAUCCACACCGGGGACAAGCCGUAUAAGUGUUUGGAGUGCGGAAAGUGCGUCAGGCGGGCGGCGGAUCUCGUCAACCACAAGAAAAUCCACACCCAGGAGAAACCCCACAUGUGCUUGCACUGUGGGAAGUGCUUCACUCUGAAGAAUUACCUCAGGCGUCACCAGAGAAUCCACACAGGAGAGAAACGGUAUAAAUGCUUUGAAUGCGGGAAAUGCUUUACGGAGAAGACCACGCUCACGAAACACCACCGGACUCACACAGGGGAGAAGCCGUACGAAUGCCUGGAGUGUGGGAAGACCUUCACCCAGAGCUACUCUCUCAGUCUCCACCAGAGAAGCCACACCUCCAUGUUUGGCGUGUGGGAACAGCUUUCUUCGCAGCUCCAGCCUUUGUUCCCUCCACAGAAUCCGUACAGCGGAGAACCGAUAAUGGAAGAGCAACAGGCAGAUGCCACUGAAGCAGGAAGAGGCACCGAUCCCAUCAAAAGCAAGAGCAGUGAGGGAUUCUGGGAAAGGAACGCACAGGGGAUCCUGGGUAAAGAGGAUGCCCUCAGCUCAGAUGCUCGGCACCAGUAUUUCAGGCCGAUCCGCUACCAGGAGGCCGAGGGACCCCGAGAGGUUUGCAGCCGACUCCACCGCCUUUGCCGUCAGUGGCUGAAGCCAGAGAGACACACCAAGGCUCAGAUCCUGGACCUGUUCGAUGUCCUCCAAUCCUCAUUGCUGUUUCAGGUAAAGGGUCUGCUUGCGGAAAUGAGAAGUGAUUUCCCCGAGGCAGAGAGAUCUCCGUUGGAUGUCAGAGAGAAGCCACUGGGUGAUGGGAUGAUGCCGAGAAGAUCUAGUCAGACAUCUCUUCCUGGGGGAGGAGAAGGAGCUGCUGCAGAACCAGAUCAGGGUCCAAUAUCUUUUGAGGACGUGGCUGUGUGGUUCACCGAAGAGGAGUGGGCCUUGCUCGAUCCUGACCAGAGGGCUCUGCAUAACCAAGUCAUGGAGGAGAGUGUUGGGAUCCUGGCAUCUCUUGAAUGUGACGGAUCGGAAAGGAAGAAUAAGGAAGAACCACAUGGAAAAGAGACCCAGGACCGAGACAGAUGUAGGAAGCGAGAAGAGCAGAGGAGCAAAAACGAAGCAGAAAAGAAAAGGAAUAAGCUUCUAAAUGACAGUGGCUUUCACGCAACCUCAGUCCAGGGAAAAACAGAUGAUAGAAAGCAAUGUGGUAACUGCUUCGUUCAAUGGGAAAGUCUUGGUUUGAAACACCAGUGUAAAUCCUACUGCAAAAAUUACAAAGGGGAGCAACCAUAUAAAUGUUCUGAGUGUGGAAAGGGGUUCAGAGACAGUUAUAGCCUCUCUUGCCAUUGGAGAAUUCACACAGGAGAGAAACCAUAUAAAUGCUUAGAAUGCGGAAGGAGCUUCAGUAGCAAGCAAAGGCUUGUUUAUCAUCAAAGAAUUCACACAGGGGAGAAGCCGUAUCAGUGUCUGGAAUGUGGAAAGAGCUUCAGAGAGAAGUUCACCCUUUCUUCUCAUCGAAGAAUUCAUACGGGAGAGAACCAGUAUGAAUGUUUGGAAUGUGGAAAGAGCUUCAGUGACAAUUCUACCCUUUCUUCUCAUCAGAUAAUUCACAAGGGGGGGAAACCAUAUAAAUGCUUGGAAUGCGGAAAGAGCUUCUCUCAGAAGUUACGUCUAACUAUUCACCAAAGAAUUCACACUGGGGAGAAGCCAUAUCAGUGCUUGAAAUGUGGAAAGAGCUUCAGAGAAAAUUCUAGCCUAGCUUCUCAUCAAAGAAUUCACACAGAGGAAUACAAAUGCUUGGAAUGUGGAAAGAGCUUCAUUAGUAGUUCAAAACUUACUCGGCAUCAAACCAUUCAUCCCGGAGAGAAAUCAUAUCAAUACUUGGAAUGUGGAAGUAACUUAAUUAGUCGUCCAAAACUUACUCACCAUCAGACAAUUCACACAGGGGAGAAACCAUAUAAAUGCUUGGAGUGUGGAAAGAGCUUCAGACACAAUUCUACACUUUCUUCCCACAAAAGGAUUCAUACAGGGGAGAAACCAUAUAAAUGCUUAGAGUGUGGAAAGGGCUUUAGUCAGUGUUCCCCUCUCACUCGCCAUCAGAGAAUUCACACAGGGGAGACACCAUAUAAAUGCAGUGAGUGUGGAAAGAGCUUCAGUCGAAAGGUACAACUCUGUGUUCAUCAGAGAAUUCACACUGGAGAGAAGCCGUAUCAGUGCUUGAAAUGUGGAAAGAGCUUUAGAAACAAUUCUAGCCUUUCUUCUCAUCAAACAAUUCACACUGGCAAAAAGCCAUAUAAAUGUUUGGAAUGUGGAAAGAGCUUUACUUUAAAGAUGAAUCUCAAUACCCAUCAAAGAAUUCACACUGGGGAGAAGCCAUAUAAAUGCCUGCAGUGUGGAAAGAGUUUAAGCAGCAAGGACAGACUUGCUGACCAUCAAAGAACUCACACUGGGGAGAAACCCUUUGAAUGCUCGGAAUGUGGAAAAAGCUUCGCUGCGAAGAUAAAUCUCACUACCCACAAAAGAAUUCACACGGGGGAGAAACCCUAUAAAUGCUUGCAAUGUGGAAAGAGCUUUAGUCAGAGCCACCAUCUCACUUACCAUCACAGAAUUCACACCGGGGAGAAACCGUAUAAAUGCUCAGAGUGUGGAAAGAGCUUCAGAAACCGUACUAGUGUAAUUUACCACCAGAAAGCGCACACUGCAGAGACGCAAUAUAAAUGCUUGGAAUGUGGAAAGUGCCUCAGUCAGGAAGCGGAUCUGGUUGAUCAUCGAAAAAUGCACACCCGGGAUAAACCGUAUGUGUGCUUUGAAUGUGGGAAAAGCUACAGUAUGAAGAAUUGUCUCAGCAGACAUCAAAGAAUCCAUACAGGAGAGAAACAAUAUAAAUGUUCUGAGUGCGGAAAAAGCUUCACUGAGAAGUCAACUCUCACUACGCAUCAACGAGUUCAUACGGGAGAGAAACCCUAUAAAUGCCUGGAGUGUGGAAAGGGCUUCGCUCAGAGCUCCCAUCGCAAUCUUCAUCAAAGAACUCACACAUCGAUGGGCAGUGUAUGGGAGCAGCUUUCUUCUGAUCUCCAGCCUUUAUUCCCACCCAAAAAUCCAUACAGCGGAGAACCCAUAUAAAGGAAUAUUAAAGGAGCUUUGGGAGCAGUUCCCAGCUUUCUUUCCACAAGAAACCAUAUAAAUGCUCGUAAUGCAUACAGACAGGGCUUGUGCCAAGACACUUUGUGGAGGAAUUUUUAAAAAGUGCUUGGAAGGAGCUUCUGAAGAAGCAGAAACUUCCAUUGUUACCAAAUAAUUCACAAUGGUGUGUGGGGGGGUGUCAUAUCAACGCUAGAAUGCAGGAAAAGCUUGAGUAAGAAAAUGCAGCUCCCAUCUCAUUGAAGAAUUCUCAGAGGGGA